AUGUCUGCUCAAGAUUACUACGGCGGCUACCCCCAGCAACCCCAACCUUCCUACGGCCCUCCCCAAGGUCAAUACGGCCCUCCCCAAGGCCAGUACGGGCCUCCCCAGGGACAGUACGGCCCCCCGCAAGGACAAUACUAUGGCCCUCCUCAAGGCCAAGCUCCUAUGCAAUAUCAACAAGCUCCCCCUCAACAGAGUGGUGGAAAGGGCGGCGGCGGCGGUUGCCUAGCAGGUUGUCUGGCUGCUCUUUGCUGCUGCUGCGUUGCCGAAGAAGGAUGUGAAUGUUGGUCCUACUCUGACAGAGUUGAGACCAAGUAUGAGCCAAAAACAAACGACUCUUAA